CAGACACAAGUCCACACAGCUCUUUCCUCAACACCCCAUAGGACCAUACCUCGGACCCAAUCAUCGUGGUCUGAGCUGAUGAGUGCCGGCUGGAGCUGCAGUUGUUUGUGUGAAUGCUGCAUGUUCUCUCUGUGUUCAUGUGGGUAUUAAUUCAAAGACCACACAGCUCCGGUAAAUUUGCUUGACAGAUCCUUCUAUGCCAGUUUACCUGUGAGUUAACUUCACCUUUGAGAAACGGUUAUUCUUUGGCCGGAGUUUGAGCUCAACCAUUAGAGAGGUUAUUUUUGACUCCAGAUCAGCUCUGCCUCUGAGACAAGUUUGUACAACACACACCAAAGACACAGGAAGAGGUUGUGACCUACAGUAUAAUUAUCUGUAGCCCUGUGAUGCUCAGACAGUCAGCAGCAGGACAUGAUGGAGGUUAAAGCUCUCUGCACCAGACUCUUGUUGAAGGUGUUGUUGUUGCUGGCUGCACUGGUUCACCAAAGUUACACUCAUAAAGGCAAUGCAGCUUUUCUUCGUAUUGUCCCAACCAGACUGCAGUUCUUUGAAUAUGAGACCAUCUCUUUUUUCUGCGAGGGGUUUGAUGGUUCGGCUAAAUGGAGAGGAGUGAGGAACAUUGACGAAUUCAUUCCAACAUGUUCUAACAGCACAGUGACCUCAACACUGAUCUGCGUCAUUAACAAUGCCUUUGUGUCAGACAGCGGAGAAUACUGGUGCGAUGUUGGAGGAGGAGAGGGAAGCAACACAGUCAACAUCACUGUCACUGCUGGUUCUGUGAUCCUGAAGAGUCCUGUCUUUCCUGUGAUGGAGGGAGGCAAUGUAUCUCUGCAAUGUGUCAACAAGAAGACUCCUUUGAAAUUUAAAGCUGAUUUCUAUAAAAAUGGUCUCCAAAUCCUGACUGGCUAUUCUGGGAAUAUGACAAUCCACAAUGUUUCCAAGACUGAUGAAGGUCUCUACAAGUGCAACAUCUCUGGAGCUGGAGAGUCACCAGAGAGUUGGCUGGCUGUGACAAUAAAAAGUGAACAAGCUAGUUCUGUGAUCCUGGAGAGUCCCGUCCUUCCUGUGAUGGAGGGAGAUGCUGUAACUCUGAACUGCAGAAACACGACGACGUCCAUCAACCUCCCAGCUGUCUUCUACAAAGACGGUCUCUUCAUUGGGAGCAGCUCUACAGGAAACAUGACCAUCCCCUAUGUCUACAAGUCUCAUGAGGGACUUUACAAGUGUAACAUCUCUGGAGCUGGAGAAUCACAAGAGAGCUGGCUGGCUGUCAGAGCACUUCACAGAGCGGUGUAUCCCUGCUCAGAUCGCUUCGUUUUUCUCGUCCUCCUCUUAAGAACAGUUUUCACCAUUUUGAUGGUGCCUCUGCUGCUGCUGCUGGUGGGACUGCUUCACUGUGGGAAACUCAAAAUUAACCCAUGACCCGCUGAGAUAAGGAAACACAAGAAAAGGACACAAAGUAAACUGGUCUAUUACUUUUACUUACAUUUUGUUUGUUGAUUUUAACAUGCACAAAAUGACUAAUGUCUUUCAUCGGGAAAAAAAGUCCAUUUCUUGUUCAAGUUAUCUGUUCCUCACAGUUGUGUGUAUGCUGAGUGUUGUCACUGACUGGCAGGUAGGCAGAAAAGGUUGAAAACCACAGAGUUGGUAGAGAGACACAAGAUCUAUUUUCAGACGGCCUGCUUCAAGUUGUGUCAAUACGUCUCAUUCUGGGUUUUAUUUUAUAACAGAUACAGUUGAUAAUUUGAGCAUCUCAGACACAAACCAGAAGAAAAUAACAGACAAUUCAAAGGGCCUUCAAGGAGCUUUGCAGAAACAACAAAAUGUUUAUGCAGUUUUAAAGAGAAAAAUCAAAUACCUCAGUAGCUUGAACUAGCCAUAAUGAUGGCUUGUUGAAGCUCAGUUUCAUUAAAUUCAAUUAAAACUUUUCAACAUACUCCCCCGGAGAACAUUAGUUCCAGCCCACCAUCAUUCUCUCAUUGACUUGUUGUCUAUUACAUUUGACUUAACGUUCUCUGUGGAAGGCAAAAGGAUGUAAAGUAGUUUACUUUUUUCUGUGGGAACUGCUAAUAGCCAUUCAUUUCCUAAAUACUCACAUGAUGAUUAAGUCGUAUUCAUUGUGGGCAAGGAUUUCCCCUUCUCCUGUUUGUUAUAUGAGGUGACUUGAAGGUGUCCAGUUCAGGCCCUUCAUGCAUUUCUAUGAACGGUGUUGAUGUUGAGCUGGAUUAAAGCUAAGAGACGGACAAAUGAUAUUACAGCAGAAAAAUAUUCAUAUGUUCAGAGUUAUCUCUGGUAGAUUUCUUUUGUUAUUGUUCAAAGUAGCUCCAUAUUAAGAGAGUAAAUGUGUAAUAAUUGUAAUAAACUAAAAAAUAAUACAAUAGGGGAUCAAUUAGAACAAGAUUUCUGUGAUUUGAUUGACAGACAUUAUUACAUAUCUUAAAUAAAAUAUAAUAAAUACAA